AUGUCACUUACUUCCCUCUUCACAACAACACUAACCUUCUUCCUAUUCAUCACAAAAGCAACCUCUCACUCCUCCUCCUCAUCUUCUCAACAAACUUCCCCAUCUUUCACCGAAUGGAGAUCCGCACGCGCUACCUACUACGCCGCCGCCGAUCUACGUGACACAGUCGGCGGCGCGUGCGGCUACGGCGACCUUACAAAAGCCGGUUACGGUAUGGCUACUGUAGGUCUUAGCGAAGCUUUGUUCGAACGAGGUCAGAUCUGCGGCGCGUGCUUUGAAUUACGGUGUGUCGAGGAUUUGCGGUGGUGUAUUCCUGGAACUUCGAUUAUCGUUACUGCAACUAACUUCUGUGCGCCGAAUUAUGGAUUCACGACGGAUGGAGGUGGACAUUGUAAUCCGCCUAAUAAGCAUUUUGUACUUCCUAUUGAUGCUUUUGAGAAGAUCGCUAUAUGGAAAGCUGGUAACAUGCCUCUUCAGUAUCGGAGGAUAAAGUGCAGAAGAGAAGGUGGAGUUCGAUUUACAGUCACUGGUUCUGGUAUCUUCAUUUCAGUACUGAUCAGCAAUGUUGCUGGCCAUGGAGACAUAGUUGAGGUGAAGGUUAAGGGCUCAAGAACAGGAUGGCUUUCAAUGGGUCGGAACUGGGGCCAAAACUGGCAUAUAAACGCGUUACUACAAAAUCAACCCCUUUCAUUUGAGGUUACGAGUAGUGAUGGGAAAACAGUUACAGCUUACAAUGUUGCUCCCAAGGAUUGGAGUUUUGGACAAACCUUUGAAGGAAAGCAAUUUGAUUAUUAA